GGUGUUGCGGGGCAGCCAUUGGGCGCGUGCCCGGGCGGACCGGAAGCGCCGGGCCGCGGGAGCCGCCGUCGCCGUUGCCAUGGAGCCGGGCGCGGCGCUGACCGACGCGUACGACCAGGCGCUGCUCGGCAUCCUGCAGCACGCGGGCGGCGUGCGCCAGUUCCUGCACGUGCUCUUCGGCUUCCUUUACCGCCGCACCGACUUCUACCGCCUGCUGCGCCGGCCCACCGACCGGCUCGGCUUCCCGCCCGGCGCCGCGCGCGCCAUGGUCGGACAGGCAUUCAAAGCCUUUGAGCACAUGGCUCAGCAGGAUGACGAGAGGCGCCAGCGGGAGAUGGAGGAGAAAAUGAAGGAGGAGGAGGAGGCAGCAGCCGAGAGGACCAAGGUGCCCCCAGCUGCACAAGAGGUUGAGAUUGAGUCCACGGCUGAGCAGGCCUUGUCCCCCAAGCAGGGGCCCUGCAUCCCAGAGGAGACAGCUGAGACAGCCACCAGCACUGCAGCCUCUGAGCUUCCCGGAGCCAUGGUCCCCACAGAGCCCCAGCCACCGCAGCUCCCCAUGAGGCAGGAGCAGUUCCAGACUGACCCUGACAGCUACAAUGGAGCUGUGCGGGAAAACUAUGCCUGGUCCCAAGACUACAGUGACCUGGAGAUCAAAGUGCCCGUGCCCAAGCACAUUGUGAAAGGCAAGCAGGUAGCUGUGGAGAUCGGCAGUAGCUGGCUGCGUGUAGCCCUUCAGGAGGGCAAUGGACAGCGCAUUCUGGUGGAAGGGAAGCUCACCCACAAGAUUAACACAGAGAACUCCCUCUGGAGCCUGGAGCCGGGGAAGUGUGUGCUGAUCAACCUGAGCAAGGGGGACGAGUACUGGUGGAAUGCCAUCCUGGAGGGGGAGGAACCCAUCGACAUAGACAAGAUCAACAAGGAGCGCUCCAUGGCCACGGUGGAUGAAGAGGAACAUGCCGUGCUGGACCGCCUCACCUUUGACUACCACCAGAAGCUGCAGGGCAAACCUCAGAGCCAUGAGCUGAAGGUGCAUGAGAUGCUGAAGAAGGGCUGGGACGCUGAGGGCUCCCCCUUCCGGGGCCAGAAGUUUGACCCUUCCAUGUUCAACAUCUCCCCCGGUGCCGUGCAGUUUUGAUGGAGGAGCAGGCUCCGGCUCCUGCUCUGGCUCCAGCCUCUGGAUUGGUUUCAAGCAGCAUGGGGGGUGAGUGGGAGCGUGGGUGGGCGCCCCCUUGCCCCCCCCAGCCCAGCACCCGAGCACAGGCGAAGCCUCGCCAAUGCAGAUUGACGUCCUCUGUCACCAUGGCAACCAGCGCCAGGGUUGUUUUGCUCUUCCAGGGAGAGCGGAGGCCGGGGGAUGCCAUCUCGGAGCUGCGGCUUGGCCCCAGGACCUCUCCCUCCAUGCCCCAUGGCCGCUGCCUUCUACAGAGCCCCAGUGCCUGCCACAUGCCAUGACAGGCAGCCCGUCAUCACUUGGGGACCGUGGCUGGCCUCAGUAGCCCCUUCACAGUGCAGAGGGCCCUACUGCCCAGGGGAUGGACACAGCUCUCCCAGCACCAGCAAGGGGCACAGCUGUCAGCACCAGACGUGUCCGGGUCGCUUUGUCCCUGCUCCGUCCCCCAACCCCACAGGGGCUGAGAGAUGGGAUGGGUGCUGCCAGGAUCCCUGUGGCCCUGCCAUACUGUCCUGACCCCCGGCACUUCCGCAAGGGACUUCUUCCGGCUUGUCUUCUUCCCACCUCACGUCCCAUAUCACCCCAAGCCAGCUGCCAGUGCCUUGCGCCCGUGAGUCCCACCCACCUGCUGGGGUUCGCAAUAAAUGUGUUUGUCGGA